GCCCUGCCCGCCUUCCGACGGGGGUGCGGCUCCAGGAAACCGCUUGCUCCCUGCUCUGUGUCCAAAGCAGCCCGACGCGCCCGGUACGACCCCGAGGGUUUAGCGGGAUCCUCUGGCGGGUCUCAGCUACAGCAUCAGGGAUCACAGCCUCCGCAAGGUCAGAGACCCGGGCAACACCGGACGGAAGCGGCUGACUGGACCGACGGGGUAGACAGGGCGAGGAACGCAGAGAGAAACCCCCACCCCCUAGGCCAUGCGGACCCCGGCCAGACCAGCAGUCGCCGACUACUGGGAGCUGUGGGCCUGAGGAGGGGACAGCGGCUGGGGGCCAUGACCUCGGUGUGGAAGCGCCUACAGCGCGUGGGCAAGCGGGCCGCUAAGUUCCAGUUUGUAGCCUGUUAUCACGAGCUGGUGUUGGAGUGCACCAAGAAAUGGCAGCCGGACAAGCUGGUGGUGGUGUGGACCCGGCGGAACAGACGCAUCUGCUCCAAGGCCCACAGCUGGCAGCCCGGCAUCCAGAACCCAUACCGGGGCACCGUGGUGUGGAUGGUGCCUGAGAACGUGGACAUCUCCGUGACCCUGUACAGAGACCCCCACAUGGACCACUAUGAGGCCAAAGAGUGGACAUUUAUUAUUGAGAAUGAAUCCAAGGGGCAGCGGAAGGUGCUGGCCACAGCUGAGGUGGAUCUAGCCCGCCAUGCAGGACCUGUGCCAGCCCAGGUUCCUCUGCAGCUACGGCUGAAGCCCAAGUCAGUGAAGGUGGUGCAUGCUGAGCUGAGCCUCACCCUCUCAGGGGUGCUGCUUCGGGAGGGCCGAGCCACGGACGAUGACAUGCAGAGUCUGGCCAGCCUCAUGAGCGUGAAGCCGAGUGAUGUGGGAAACUUGGAGGACUUUGCUGAGAGUGACGAGGAUGAGGCCAAUGGCCCUAGGGCCCCUGAGGCCCAGGCUCAAGGCCCCCAGCCAGCCCCACCCCCAGAUCCCCCUCGGGAGUUGAAGACGCUUUGUGAGGACGAUGAGGACCAAGUAGGGCCCCAGCAGGCAGCUGCCAGCCCUACUAAAACUGAGGAUUCCAGCCCAACCCCUGUGAGUGCCCCUGUGCCCCCGGCCAGGGCCUCCCGGGGCCAGGGGUCAGAACCAGCUACUAUAGGUGGGGGCCAGGUGGGGUCUGAGGCCCCAAGGCCCCCAGGAACCCCACUGGAGGCAAGGUCCUCAAGGCAGCCAAGCCAGGACAUGCAGCCAAGCCCCACCCUGGCCCCUGGGCUCCAGAAAGGCUCUGAUGCUCCUCAGUCCUUGAUCCUUCAAGAGAGGGACAAGGUCCCCAAUGCCAAUGCCUCAGAGGCUCCCCCAGCAGGAGUGUGUUCUUUGGGGGAAUCUCAGUCCUGGAUAAGCCCUCAGGAAGGGACAGAAACCCAGGGAGCCAGGCCGGGCUCAGGUAUUGAGGAUGUACACUCCAAAGACACCUUGGGAAGGCAGAGAUCCAAAGCUGAAGAGGGGACUACUGGAGACAAGCAGAAAGCUGGUGAGAUAGACAGUGAGCAAGAGGCAGGAGUCAAAGAGAUGAUCACUGACAGGUCAGGGCUCACAGCUGGAGAGACUAAAGAGAGUCCAGAACUUAGUGAUGACGAAGCUGAGCAGAGACACGUGGUUAUUACAGGACCAGGGACUGCAGGGCUUAUGCCUGAGGCAAGAUUCAGGGUGACUCCUGAGGCACCUCCAAGGGGCUCUCAGGGGAAGAUGGGGGUCAGGGUGCAGGAAGAGGCCCCCACAGGCCUGAGCUCAUCUCCAGCAGAGCCUGCAGGGUACUCUGGGUAUCUCAGUGAUCACAGUGGGGCCAGAGAUGCUGCAGGUCAGGACAGGAAACAUGCAGAGAUGAGAGACAGAGUCCCUGGUGUUGGGAGGACAGACCUGGAGCAGGGCACUUCUGCUGGAUCAGCAAGCACCAGGCCCCAGGUGAGCAGGUUUCAGGGGGCCCCAUCAUCAGCUGACCAGGGGGCAAGACCUAGGGAUUGGAAGAUCUGGGAGGCAGAAGAGUCAAGGGUCCUGGAAACACAGAAUGAACAAGCAGAGUGGGAGGUAUUGGGUACCCAGAGGACCGAAGUGGGGGAAUCAGGGUUCUCUGAGAUAGAGACUGGGCCAGCAGACACUGAGAUAUUGGGGGCCCAGGAGACCAAGACAAGAGAGUCAGAGGCUGCUAGGCCAGCAGAGUUGGACAUACCAGGGGCCCAGGAGACAGGGGUUCCAGGAAUGCUGGGAAAAGAGGCUGGGAUAGCAGAUUCUGAAGUAUUAGGGAUCCAGAAAAUAGAGGCUGAGGGUUCAGCAGUUCUGAGGACAAAGACUAAAGUAGUAGGGACUGAGACAUUGGGGGCCAAGAAGGUAGAGGUGGGAGAUCCUGGCAUGUCAGAGACAGAGGGUGGGGAGGCAGAGGCUGAAGUACUGGGGACCCAGGAUAUAGCAGCUGAGGGGUCAGAGAUUCCAGGCAUAGAAGCUGAAGUAGCAGAGCCUGAGAUGUUGGGGGCCCAGGAGACAGAGGUGGGGGUUCCAGGGAUGCCAGGGACAGAGGUGGGAAUGGCAGAGUCUGAGGUAUUGGAAAUCCAGCAAGUAGAGGCUGGGGAUUCAGAAGUUCUGGGAACAAAGACUAGGAUAUUAGAGUCUGAGUUAUUGGGAGCCCAGAGGGUAUCUGAGGGUUCCACAGUACUGAAGGUAGAAGCUGAGCUAGUGGGGGCCCAGAAGAUAGAGGAGGGAGGUUCUGGGGUGCCAGAGAUAGAGGGUGGGGAGGCAGAGGCUGAAAUAGUGGGGACCCAGGAUAUAGCAGCUGAGGGGUCAGGGGUUCCAGGGAUAGAAACUCUGAUAGGAGAGUCUGAGAUACUGGGGACUCACAAGACAGAGGUUAGGGUUUGGGGGUUCCCAGGGAUAGAGAUCAAAACAACAGAAGCUGAGGAGUUCGGGACCCUGGAGACAGAGGUAAGAACUUCAGAGGUUUCAGUAAUGGAAACUGAGAUAGCAGAAACUGAGAUAUCAGGGACUCAGGAUACAGUAGGGGGUUUAGGGGUCCCAGGAAUAGAAGCUGAGAAAGCAGAAUUGGAGAGAUCAGAGGCCCAAGAGACAGAGAUAAGAGGUUCAGGGGUUCUAAGGAUAGAGACCAGGACAGCACAAACUGAGACACAGAGGACCCAGGAGAUAGCAGCUAGGACUUCAGGAGUCUCAGGGCCAGAGGUUGAGGUAGUUCACACCCAACAGACAGAAACUACAAUUUCAGAGUCUGAGGAAGCAAUAGUUGAGAGUCUGGAGGUCCAGGAAGCAGAGACUAGAGUUGAGGGGGCUCUCAAAUAUGAGGCUUUAAAGGUCCCAGUCACUGAGCAAAGAGUUUUAAGAUCCCAGGAAGUAAAGGCAGAGGUUUCUGGAGUACAUGGAGAAGAGACUAAAGUUUUGAGGGUCCAGGAAGAAGCCAGGAUUUUGGGAGUGUCAGAGGCCAAAUCUGAGGUCUGGGGAACCCAGAAAGAAGAAAUGGCAGUUUUAGGUCCCACAGAGAAUAAAUCUGGUAUUUUUGAGGGCCAGGAAGCAGAGGCUGGGGUCUUGGGAACCAAGAAGGGGAAAGAAGCCGAGGGAGGCAUCCCAGAGGCCGGCCCGGCAGAGGCACAGGUGGCCAGUGGGGCAGGGGCUGGGGUGCCCAGGCCCUCAGGGGCCUCUUUCCCAGAGGAGCCUGAAGAGGACAGGAGGCUGCUGGGCAGCCAGGCACCACCCGCCCUGGUCAACUCCAGCCAGUCUCUACUGGAGUGGUGCCAGGAGGUUACCACUGGGUAUCGUGGUGUCCGAAUCACCAAUUUCACUACAUCCUGGCGCAACGGCCUGGCCUUCUGUGCCAUUCUGCACCGAUUCUAUCCCGAAAAGAUUGACUAUGCCUCCCUUGACCCGCUCAACAUCAAGCAGAACAACAAGCAGGCCUUCGAUGGUUUUGCAGCCCUGGGGGUGUCGCGGCUGCUGGAGCCUGCGGACAUGGUGCUGUUGUCGGUCCCCGACAAGCUCAUCGUCAUGACAUACCUGUGUCAGAUCCGUGCUUUCUGCACCGGGCAGGAGCUGCAGCUUGUGCAGCUGGAAGGCGGUGGUGGCACCGGCACAUACCGUGUGGGCAGUGCCAUGCCAAGCCUGCCCGACGAGCUGGACGCUGGCCACUUGGCACAGCGGCUGCGCGAGCACGGCGCCGAGGUGCCCAAGGAGGCCAAGGAAGCAGCGAGCCUUGUGGACCCUAUCUCAGCUUCCAGGGGAGCCGACGCUGGCUACGCUUCCAAGGAUGGCGAGGCCAGGACAGCAGGGAAAACAAGUCCCCCACAGUUCCCGGAUGACGUCCCUACAGCCCCAACACUUACAGCCCCAGUUCCCCCAGCGGAGGGGCUGAUGAACGGGGCAGGAGCGACAGCAGGCGGGGGCGGUGUGAGACUGCGACGGCCCUCUGUCAACGGGGAGGCUGGCCCGGUGCCACCACCUCGUGCGCAUGGCUCCUUCUCCCACGUGCGCGACGCCGACCUGUUGAAGAAAAGGCGCUCCAGGCUGCGCAACAGCAGCUCCUUCUCAGUGGACGAGCCGGAGGCGGGAGCUGCGGGAGCUGUGGCCAUGGAAGGCCUGAGCCCUGACCUCAGCCCUGCCCCUGGCCCACCCACAGCCACAGCCCCACAGCAGCCUCCCGGUGGGAAUCCCCCAUUGGAAGAGCUACCCCCAAGUCCAGGGGAGGAGGCUGGAUUGCAACGGUUCCAGGACACAAGUCAAUACGUGUGCGCAGAGCUGCAGGCCCUGGAACAGGAGCAGAGGCAGAUAGAUGGGCGGGCGGCUGAGGUGGAGACGCAGCUAAGGAGCCUCAUGGAGUCAGGUGCUAACCGGCUGCAGGAGGAGAUUCUGAUCCAGGAAUGGUUCACACUGGUCAACAAGAAGAACGCUCUCAUUCGGAGGCAGGACCAGCUGCAGCUGCUCAUCGAGGAGCAGGAUUUGGAGCGCAGGUUCGAGCUGCUGAGCCGGGAGCUUCGUGCCAUGCUGGCCAUCGAAGACUGGCAGAAAACAGCCACGCAGCAGCACCGAGAACAGCUACUGCUAGAGGAGCUGGUGUCACUGGUGAACCAGCGUGAUGAGCUGGUCCGGGACCUGGACCAAAAGGAGCGGAUCGCCCUGGAAGAGGAUGAGCGCCUGGCACGUGGCCUGGAGCAGCGCCGCCGCAAGCUGAGCCGACAGCUGAGCCGGCGGGAACGCUGUGUGCUGAGCUGAGCUGAGCCUGCCUCACCUUCACCUGUUCUCCAGGCCCAGCCCACAGUAUUGCCUGUUCCUGGUGCCCGCUCGCUGCCCUUUGGCCUGUGCUACAGAGGACCUGGCCUCAGAGAUGCCCUCACUAGGCUGCCCGUAUUUAUUUGUCUCUCUCUGUGUGUGUGUGUGUGUGUGUGUGUUUGUUUGUGAUGGGAUGAGCAGGACCCUUCCCCAGUGGUGGGGGCCCGGCUGGCUGCCUGGGGAGAGGGACUUUAUGGGGAAAGGCACCUCUGCUCUCCUUCCCUUCCUGUUCCUGGCCAGCAAUAAAGUUGAACAAGGA